UCACACACACACACUCUCUCCUUAACUGCCGAACUGAUCGGUUCUUUUCCGAACAUCCAGACAGAGGCCGAUCCGCGCUGCCGAUGAUCCCGCUGGAGCCCCACCUGGAGCGGCGGGGGAAGAUGGCUCCGAGGCCGGGCUGUGGGACUUCCUCCGACAGCUGAGCUCCUUCGGCGACGCAACAAUCCCCUCUCUGAUGAGACGAUGAGAACCUACACCCGUGGGGCCCCCACAGUCUUCUUCAUAAAUCUGCUGUGGCCCCUGCUCACUCCAGUGCCCGCAGCCGAGGUGGACCCCACCGGGGGAAUCCCCUUCAUGGGGGGGAACUAUGAUGGUCAUCCCAUGCUGUACUUCGGCCGCGGGGACGUGGAGGAGCUGCAGUACGCCGCGGCGGGGACCCAUCGGGAGAUGGCCCGGAGGAUCCGGGAGGCCGGGGAGACGAUACUGGAGCACCCCGAGGAGUACCUGCCCCCCUGGAGCCCCGCCGAGUUCAGCGCCCGCUGGAACGAGGUCUAUGGGAACAACCUGGGUGUGCUGUCCAUGUUCUGCCUGCUGUACCCGCACAGGGCCGGGGCCCUCGACCUGGCCAAGGACUACAUGGAGAGGAUGGCAGCUCAGCCUAGUUGGUUGGUGAAAGACGCCCCCUGGGAUGAAGUUCCCCUGGCGCACUCGCUGGUUGGCUUUGCCACGGCCUACGACUUCCUGUACGAGUACCUGACCAAAGGCCAGCAGGAGCGUUUCCUGCAGGUCAUAGGCAACGCGUCACGCUUGAUGUACGAGAAGUCCUACGUCCGAGGCUGGGGGUUCCAGUACCUGCACAACCAUCAGCCCACCAACUGCGUGGCUCUGCUCACAGGAAGUCUGGUCUACAUGACACAAGGUUACCUUCAGGAGGCCUAUCUUUGGACCAAGCAGGUUCUGUCCAUCAUGGAGAAGUCCAUGAUCCUCCUGCAGGAUGUGACGGACGGCUCGCUGUAUGAGGGCGUGGCGUACGGGACCUACACCACCCGCUCCCUGUUCCAGUACAUGUUCCUGGUGCAGCGUCACUUUGCCAUCGGCCACUUCAGCCACCCCUGGCUGCUGAAGCACUUUGCCUUCCUGUACAGGACCAUCCUGCCAGGUUUUCAGCGCACUGUGGCGGUGGCGGAUUCCAACUACAACUGGUUCUACGGGCCAGAGAGCCAGCUGGUCUUCCUGGACCGCUACGUGUUGCGUAACGGCAGUGGGAAUUGGCUGGCGGACCUGAUUCAUCAGAACAGGAUUACGGAAGGGCCAGGGCAGGCUGGAAAGGGCCAGCGGUGGUGCACGCUGCACACAGAGUUCCUCUGGUAUGACCCUGGCCUGGUCCCCAAACCCCCAGCAGAUUUUGGAACAUCUCAGCUCCACUAUUUCGAGGAUUGGGGUGUGGUGACGUACGGCAGCACCUUGCCUUCUGGCACCAACCGCUCCUUCCUCUCCUUCAAGUCUGGGAAGCUGGGGGGACGCGCCAUCUUUGACAUUGUUCACAACAACAAGUACAAAGAGUGGAUCAAAGGCUGGAGGAACUUUAACGCGGGACACGAGCAUCCCGAUCAGAACUCUUUCACCUUCGCACCCAACGGUGUCCCGUUCAUCACGGAGGCGCUGUACGGACCCAAGUACACUUUGUUAAACAACGUGCUGUUGUUUGGCUCAGCCCUCUCAGGGAGCUGCUUUAAGCCUUGGGCUGGACAAGUAACAGAAGCCUGCGACUCUAAGUGGUUAAAGUACAAGAUGGGCCUCGCAGCGGAUGCCCAGGGCAGAGUGGAAGCUGCGAUGAGGAGAGAGGGGAUGGUCUUCAUCCGAGGCGAGGCGCAUUCUGCUUACAACCCAGUACUGAAGAUCAGGAACUUCCAGAGAAACCUGCUCCUUCUUCACCCACAGCUUCUGCUCCUGGUCGACCACAUCCACCUGGAGUCAGAGAGCCCGGCCAGGGCCAUGAGCGCCUUUUUCCACAACACGGAGCUGCCAUUUGAGAGCUUGAAGGUGGAUGAUGUUCAUGGAGCGUUUGUAACUCACGGGAAGGACAAAUACAAGAUGUUCUGGAUGGAUGACACAAACUCCAGCAACAAAGGGAUGGUGGGGUACUGGAGCUACCCUCGAGGGUACCCCUAUAACGGCUCCAACUAUGUAAAUGUGACAAUGCCACUGAGGUACCCGCACACAAGGGUGGCCUACAUUUUCUUUGGACCAGGCAUGGAUGUCCAGAGCUUCAGCUUACGUGGAGAUGAUCAGCGGGUGGACAUUUACCUCUCCACCAAAGACCACACCUACACCGUCUACCUUCUGACGGGAGAGGUCACCAGUAAGCCUCUGUUCGCCAUGGUCCUGCUGGACCACCAAAAGAUUGCGUUCGAGAGAGCAGCAGCCGUCGGAGAUGACCCGCCCGCAGAAGUGGAGGAGUACGUCAACGUAAUGGAGGACAACCUCCAGCACGUCAAACCUGUCUUCCAGCAGAUGGAGAGACACAUCCUGGGACGGGUCCUCAACUCCGCCAGCUUCCGCAAGACCGCCGAGCGCCUCCUCCAGUUCUCAGACAAGAAGAAGACAGAGGAGGUCAUCGAGAAGAUGUUUGCCAGGUCCAAGAAACAGAACAAAGGCAAAGGGGGGAGGAGGGCAAACCUCGAGGAGAAGCAGUCCGACAGCCUGCCGGACAUUUUUGCACAGAUAGAGGUCAACGAAAAGAAUCAGAGACAGAGGACAUCAAAGCGUACGUAUGAGGAGAGUCCAGAGGAGGGGGACGCAGAUUCAAGGGCCUUCAUGGAUUAUCCAGAUGGUCAAAGAAACAGGAAGGGGGGCUUUGUUAAGGGCCGCCGGUUUAAGCAGGUUCCCAUGGGGGGGACAGCGAGGAGCGAAGGAGCCUCUGGUACCUCCUCUUACAUCAGACUCUUCCUGCUCCUGAACACCGCCACCUUCUUCUUACUGCUGGCCGUUCUGCUUACGCGCUUUCAGAGGGGGCGGAGCCUGCACACACAGAGGUGCUUCUACGCCAUCGUCUUGAUCGACUGCUUCAUCCUGCUCUACCUCUACUCGUCCUGCUCCCACGUGCAGUGCUGACACCGUGAACACCUCCACCUGACAGGACGCCCCGUGUGUUCAGGGCGAACUGAAAACCCGUUCCACUCCACGCUGAGCCAGGCCUCAUGGCACGCCGUUAAGGCCACUGUUAAACCAAAGCUUUUUGAGAUUCAGUACGGUUCAUGUGUAAAUGUCCUGGAAAACAGCCAAAUUGGAAUAAAAAGAGAGAGCUAAGCGUAUGGAGAUAAGACGUGCUUGGUCAGCUCCACUUUCUGUUCACAUCAGCAGGAUUUUAUUGUCAUUUUCCUUUUCUUGACUGAGCCUCUGAAUAUCAUUGCUUCUGUUAGGAUCUUCUUCUAAUUCCAGUUGAGUUCUAACUAUUGAGCUUUCAGCAUUUGUUACUAGGGUUGUCAAAAAUAAUUGAUACUAAAAAAUUCCAUUAUUGAAAGAUACCAGUUUGCAUCUAAAUCGAUAUGAACCGACCCAUGCACAUCUGUCCAUAUUGUUGCACCACUUCUGACUGCGAUGACAGGCAAUCAGCCCCUCCCUGACCAAAACAGCUUUUAAGCUAACAUGGUGAGUACAUCUCGCCUGGGCUUUAGCCGACCAGGCAAACACAAAGUGCUGCUCGGAUCACACUCCGUUCUACUGCAGGCUCCAUCGGCUAAUGCAACGGUUCCCGGACUUUUCUUGGUGGGCCCCCCUGUGAGUUAAAAGAAAGUUUUCAUGCACCCCUCCAACAAUCAAUUCAACAGUUGACCGAAGUAAAGCCAACUGCAAUAAAACAUAUAACAAUAAAAUUAACUGCAAUCUUCUUUAAAUCACAAAACUACCACUUUUAAAGUGUAAUUGUUUGAAGUUGAACUGUUUAUUUUACUGUGUCAUUGAAUUCAACAUUGUCAUCAAUAUAUAUUUUUUAAAUAACCCAAAAAUUACACUAUGCCCCCCUCUAGGGGGUGCGUCCCCUACUUUAGGAACCACUGGGCUAAUAAAUACUGCAGCGAUGAUGCUUCCCCCUCUUUUAUUUCUCUGUUUAGUGUUAAUAAGAUGAGAUAAAAGGAUUGUCGUAACAUCCUGUUAGUAUUACAACAAAAUGGUGUUGUUUUCUGGACUGAUGCAUGAAUAAUAACGCAGGUUCCUGUGGAGCCAGGCUGAAGCUGACAAUUAGAGCAGCAAAUCGUAGGAAGCUAACCCUAUCCUACCCUGCUGCUGUGUUGGUUCAGGGAAGGAAAUAUGCAGCAAAAUGACCAAAGAGGCAGAAAUUGUACAGGGCUGCAGCUGGAUACAUUUGCCAGGAUCACAUCCUUAUUUGUGUUGUAAAAAUAUUUUUUUGAUGUGCCAGAUCCAUGUUUGUUUGAGUAUGGAAGGGCCCUUUAUUCGUCCCUCAGUCGUAACGUUGAAUUGUAUUGAUAGCAAAUAGGCAGGAAAACGGAAGCCUCAGAGAGGUGUACUGAUCAACCACCAGGAGAAGAGAGUCAGGUCCUAACUGUGUGGUUCAGGUUAGAGUCAAUGAGUCCCGUGUUUGAGGCUAACACACAGAGCUGCUUUUUAAAUAAUCAUUUUAAAUAAAUGAUGCUUACUGGUUCUACAUCCUGUUAUUUUUCAUUGCAUCAAUUUAUCUAAAGGGACUAUACACGUGAAUUGUGUUUCAGAUUAAGCCACAGAAGCUAACUUCCAUGUGCAGCUCCAGGCAGGUUGAUGGAGCACCUUCUAAAUCUAUGAUUCUAAAGUGACUCGGAAGAAGACAUCAUCAUUAAGACGCAACUGACACUGAUCUGUAUAGGACCACGGACAUGAUUGGUUACCAGGCACUGUUUUACGGAUUUAGAGAAAUCCUUAAGGCUUUAAUGCUUUUCAGUUCUAUCAGUCCAGGGUUCCAAACAGGAACUGUUAAAUUUGACUUCCUGAAGGCACCUUCUCUGUCCUCUCACUAGAGCUGUUGUCUAUGCUUCACAGUGUUGCCGUUUCUAUAUUCACCCCAGUUUGUUACCUCUUGUCUCUGUCCUGACAUGACAAAGUUUAUUUUUAUAUUAUGCGGCAGAUUUUUGAUUUGAUACGCAAAAAAAAUGCUUAGCUUCUGUAAUCCUAAUGAUGCAAGAGUCUGAAUUGUAAUAUGGCUCAAUUCCUAGAAUCCCUGAGUAUUUUUGUAACAGUGGCCCUAACUGUGUCAGGAUCUGCCUCAGGAAUGUUUGUUCAGGAACUACAACUGAUUCCAUGUAGGGAUUGAUGAAUGGCUGAGAUAAAAGCGGGCCAGCCUGGAUCAACGAAGCUUCUGUGGAGCUUCAGAGCCAUGUCUGUGUUCCCAGGAUCCAGG